CGGUUCUGGGGCGUGGGCGAAUUGACUGGUUUCGUGGCGAAGGAAUCGAGAUGAUCCACCGAGUGACCGCCCGCCUCCGCACUCAUGCCGGCGUGCUUCAGCGCCGCGGCAUGGCCUCGCAUGGCCAUGGCGGACAUGGUCAUUACCCGCACGGCAUGCACUUCCAUGUGGACCCCGUGCACAAAAACGCUGGUCUCGCGUUCAGCGUGCUGACGUGGUUGUGGAUCUUUCACCGCGCCAAGGAAGACGGCGCCGUCGUCUUGGGCUUGGAACAUCCGUGGGACCAUGGGCACGGAAAUGGCGACCACCACCACCACGGCGAAGGCCACGAGUUCGAAAAGGAAGAGAUCGGAGUGCGACCUCGCCUUGUCAUCAAGGAAGACUAGGCCACCUUGCAAACACAAGUUGUUGUCUUAAGCUGUCGAUAACACAACGGCAUCAUCAUAUGUACACGUCAUGGACAUUGCGACCAUGCAUGCCAUCCAUGUGGAUUUGGUGGAAUGGUUCAUUCGAGUGUGUUGGGUGAUGAUGCCAGUGUUCAUACUGCACACCUCACGGGGCAAUGACUCUUGCAGUGAUGUCGAUGGGUGGAUUGUUGCUGGUCACGCCGUAA